AUGACUGAGAGCUUGAUGACGUGCCGGCUAGCUCCUCAUGGUCGCGGGAACGCAACGAUAGAAGCAAGCUUCAACGGAAGGGACUGGGUAGAGGUAGCGGGGAGGUUCGAGUAUAGAGAGCGAUGCCUCAUCACGGGGGUGGAGCCUUCGCUCGGACUGAUGGGAGGGAUCACGAGUGUCACGUUGACAGGAGUCGGGUUGAAGGGCCUAGGCAAGAGCCGGUGCCGCAUCGGGAGCAGCUGGGGGUCAAGGCUACUGGAGGUUUCAGACGCGCUUGUGAUUUGCGGAGCACCAGAGGGCGGGUGGGGCUCUGUGAUGCCUCCGGGAGAUGUCGGAGAGGCAGAUGGCGGGCGUGUGAAAGGCCUCACGGUAGGUUUGAUGCUGGAAGGAGCUAGUCAGGAGGCGUGCGAAAUGAAGGAGGCAUACUUUCUGUACUCACCGCUGCGAAUAGACAGCGUUUCGCCUUCCAGCUUGGUACAAGGUCGUCAGACGGUAGUGACGGUGGUCGGACAGACUUUCGAUGAGGCCAGGAGGGUAGGAUGCAAGUACUCGGAAGCUGCUGGGGCAUCCUUGCAGAGCGGCGCAUCCUGGGAUACACAGGAAGGGACGGUGAUCACGUCGUCCAUGGCACUAUGCAAGAGUCCCCAGAUGUCCGGGAAGAGCGAAGACUUGUCACUCCAGGUCAGCUACGAUGGUGGACAGCUCUCGUCGAGCCGACUGUCGAUACGUUAUAUCCCAGAGCCGACGAUUACAAGGCUAGAGCCAAGCGCUGGGUCAAGCGCAGGCGGCCAGGUGAUCACGGUGAUUGGGAGCAACAUGAGAGCAUCCAGGUCGGGCACCUACUGCCUUUUCGGGAACCGAGGUCAGAUGCCAGCCUUGCAUGUCACGACCAGCUCGAUGGAGUGUGUUUCUGCUCGACAGAGUAGCCCGGCGAAUGUGUCGUUUGAGGUUUUGUUUACAGGGGUUGAGACUUUCACUCGGAGCCAGGUCACCUUUUUGUACAUGAAUGAUAGUACGCCCUUACUGAGGCCGAGCACCGGGCCUACGCGAGGAGGGAUAAGCAUCUCUGUGUACGGCAUCUUGCGAUUAGAAAGCACUUCUUUGUCAGUGACAUGUACCUUUGGUGAUCGUCGUGUCAGCGCAAUACUCCAGACGAGCUCGCACAAUCGUCUGCGUCCUAGCUCACAGCGAGGAGGAAGGCAGAGCGGGUUUCAUCUUCGCGAAGGGUCCCGCGAGCUAGGCUCAGGCGACAAGGGAGCAACUCUCAGCAAUGAUCAACUAUCAAUCGAGGUACACAACGAAGAGUCCAUAAUUACCCUGGUACCAAGCCAAGGGCCAGAUCGCGGAGGGACGGUAGUGCGGUUGUACGGAGCUGCGGAGUUCGACGAGAGAACUCGCAUCGUAUUUGGCCUGGAGGAGUGCAGGAUAAUAGAUGUCCAGGAUCAAGAGCUGUCGUGCCUGUCGCCAGGUCAUUUCCUUCCUGGAAAUGCGUCUUCAGCUCGAAUCAAGGUGACGGCAUACUCUUUGGGUAUCAUGAUAGGCUCCAGGACAUUCGAAUACCAGAGAGAGGCACAGGUGAUCGAUAUCAACCCCUCAUCUGGAGACUUGAGAGGAGGGACCUGGAUACAAGUCAUUGGUGCACACUUCAACAUGCAUACAAGCCUGUCUUGCCGUUUCUCGGCAUGGGGAGUAUCGGAGCGUGUCACAUACGCUUCUCAAGGUCGAGCUCGAUGGGAAACCUCGUCGUCGUUGCAAUGCUCGACUCCGGCAUGGCCUAAAGUAGGCCUCGUCACUGUUGACAUUAGCAACAACGGAGUGGACUACUCAGUGCAGAGCAGGGAGUUCUUGUACGAGCAAACGCCGACAGUCGUGAACGCCAUUGCUACUCGAGCGUUGACGAGCAAAAUCGGUGUGGCCAGCUUCCUUGUACAUGGGCUGCACUUCUCAAAGUCGCGGCACCUUCGAUGCGCUGGAAGCACAGCAGCGGCUGAGUUUCUGACAUCGUCUGCACUGCUCUGUGCGAUCCCACUCAAGCAGGAGGGAUACACUGCCAUCGAAGUCACCAACAAUGGCCAAGACUACAGCGCCGACGGCUUUGUGUACGAUUGGAGCACAGCAGACUCUGAUUUCGAAGGCGGGAUGAUGCUCACUCCUAGCCAUUGGCCAAGCGACGGAGGCACUGUUGUGCAGGUCAUGAACCUAAGGGUAGAGAGUACACAAGACGACAGCGUGACAUGCAGCUUUGAUGGGAGCGACACGCCAGGGACAGUGGUGGGGACGAGCCAAGUGAAGUGUGUCAGUCCAACUUUGAGGAAGAUGCCGGUAGAUAGGUUGAUAGGGGAGCUCGGGCAUCGCGUCCUGGUGGAGGUGAGGUGGGAGAGCAGGAACAAAACAAGAGUCGCAAGAUCUUAUUAUGCAUACCAUACACGAUUGCAAGUUCACGGAAUCUCACCAAGCUGCGGUCCAACGACAGGCUCAACCCAAGUCGCCGUCACAGGGUCCGGCUUCCUCGAGGUAGCCAGCCUCACCUGCCGCUUCGGCGCGAGUGUAGGAGAUGGUAGCCCAAGCUCCGGCGGUCUGGGCAGCUGGAGGGAGGUACCGGGGAAGUGGCGGUCGUCUACGCUUGUGGGCUGCUCAGCACCCGCAGCAUCCGGAGAGCAGACGAUGCAGGUCCAGCUCAGCAACAACGGGGUCGACUUCUCCUCCGCGAGCGCGACCUACACGUACGAGCGAGCCCCUACCGUCACAUCGCUGAGCCUCCUUGCCCUUGACGGGAGCUCUGGUCAGGUCGAGCAGGACCACGGACGCACGGUGCGGGUGAUCGGGAAGCACUUUGUCGCAAGCCCGCAGCUGAGGUGCAGCCUGCCGGGGGUCGCCAGAUACAUCUCUUCUUCCAUUGUUCUGUGCCACAUCUCUUCUAUUUCCGUCAAGAAUGUCACUGUGGAAAUCGCCAACGAUGGCGUGUCGUUCUCGGAUAGUAGCUUGUUCGUGUCGCUCACAAGUGCUGAGCCUGAGCUUUGUGAACUGGUUACGCUGACUCCUUCCAAAGGAUCGCAUUUCGGACAAUCAUUCACGUCCAAAAUCCUCUUCAUGAAUGUGCCCAUGCG